UUUCUUUCUUCCUUUCUGUCGUUCUUAUUCAACAGUACAGAGUUUAAGUGGGCGUUAAACAGGACCCGUUCUUUCAUGAUGCACCUCUUGGUCUUUGCGUCGCGUCUCGCUGAGCGUUUUUUAUUAGCCUUAUUACUCGCGUCAAGUAAAAAAAAAAAAAAACACAAUUCAAAUUUGCUUCCACUUGAAACAUUUUAAACGCCUCUUCAUACCGGUGUUCUCCAUUCUGUUGUUUCUGAACCCAAUAACGGCGCUUUAGUUUGUGAAGUCCUCAUGCUAAAGUCCCCCACCGGGACUCUUUCAGUUCCCCUUUGGUUUACGUGCAACUGUAAACCCUCCUCAGAAAACCACCAGAAGCUUGACUUCCACUUUACUCAACUAAUCACACUCCGUCUGUCUCUGUCUGUGAGCGUCUGAAGAGCUCUGAAUCCCCCAUCAUCCAGCAUGUCUCUCCCGCAACAGCUGCGCGAUGAAAGUGAUUUCGACCAGCUUCCAGACAACAUCCCAGUCACUGCAACCAUUGCUGACAUUGAGGAAAAGAAAGGUUUCAUUGUUUACUAUAGGUUCGUAAUUGAGGUGAAGGCCAAAGGCAACAGUAAAUACCUGAUCUACAGAAGGUAUCGUCAGUUCUUCGUUCUGCACCAGAGUUUGGAGCUUAAGUACUCAGCUGAAGCCCAGCCAGGAUACUACACCUGCCAACUACCUACCCUGCCAGUGUUUGACUUCAGCGGCAGCGGACGCCUGGAGCUCAGUCUGAAGGCUGGAGAUGUGAUUUUCCUCUUGCGGAGAGUCAACGCAGACUGGCUGGAGGGCACAGUGAGGGACAAAACUGGAAUCUUUCCCGAGUCGUUUGUGAACAUUAUUAAACCUCUUCCCGAGAGUGACUCUGACGAAGAGGGCGGAGCUUCCAUGAGCGGGAAUCGUGCUCAGAGUUCAUACAGCUGCCUGCGCUGCUAUCUGCUGCAGCCAGAGGGCAUCGACACUAGGGACAUUUGUGUUGAGGAAGAUCUCUCUAUUCAACCGUCUUAUGAAGAUCUGCUUUCCCAAAUGAGGGACAUCUUUCAAGUGGAAGAUAUUGCUUUGAACUACAGGGACCCUGAGGGCGAUCUGAUACGGAUAUUAGACGAUGAAGACGUCACUCUCAUGGUGCAAGAGAGCAAACAGACGGGGUCAAAGGUCAAGCGGCCCGUGAAUCAGUUUCCCUGGGAGCUGUUGGUCACGCAUGCCAAAGAUCUGUCCGUCUACAACACCGAGUAUUGAAACGAGCGAACGAUGUUCCUCGUCAUUUCCAAAUCAUUGCACAACGUUUCUUAGUUUAUGGGGUUUUCAAAUUGAAAACUAUUUUUGGUUACUAAAAGGGAUAGUUUACCCAAUAAUAUUUAACAAUUUUGUCGUAUUUACUCAUCCUUGAAUCGUUUGUGACUUUUGAAGCAGAAUCAGUUGAUCCCGUCUGAAUGAUUCAUUUAUGAAUCAGAAUGAUUCGGUUCACUGAUUCACUGAAUCACUGAUCUGGUAACAACAGUUCAGAGAUCACUGGAAGAUAAUCAGUGAAUAAUAACAACUUAAUUGUCCAAAAAAUUAUUAAAUGACUUC